AUGUCUCGUCGCCCAAUCUCAACAUCACCAACCCCUGGGCCUCAGGGCGAUUCGGAACGACCACCCAAACGUCCGCGAAUCGACCAUCUCACACCAGAUUCGUUCAGAAAUGGGAUAUUUCUCGCACCGAUGGUCAGAUCUGGUGCUCUACCGACGCGAUUGAUGGCUCUUAAGCAUGGUGCGGCGCUUGUCUGGGGCCCUGAAAUGGUAGACAAGGCUAUUCUACACGCAGAACGCGAAAUUGACCCUGUUACUGGUGUCAUCUCGUACAACGGCAAGACUCGCGCCAUGUUUACGACUCAUCCUCUCGAAAAGCCAUACCUCAUAUACCAAAUCGGUUCCGCUGACCCCGAGCUUGCGGUGCAGGCCGCAAAAACCGUCAUGCAGGACGUUUCAGGCGUUGACCUCAACUGUGGGUGUCCGAAACCCUUCAGCACACACGCUGGCAUGGGCGCGGCUCUCUUGACGAAUCCUGAUCUUCUUUGUGGAAUAUUGGAGGCUCUGAGGAGGGAAUUGCCGAGGGAAAUCAGUGUAUCGGCAAAGAUCAGAUUACUGUCAACUCAGGAAGAGACGAAGAAGUUGGUAGAAAGGAUUGCAAGGACAGGUGUGAAUGCGAUCACAGUACACUGUCGGACGAGAAACAUGAGGCCGAGAGAACGAGCAUUAGUUGAGAGGCUUAGAGAGAUCGUCGAAUUUGUGCAGGGGUUGGGUUUGGAUGUGGCGAUAAUUCAAAAUGGAGAUUGUACAGGAAGGGAAGACGCAAAGCGCAUCAGGGACUUCACUGGCGCAGACUCGGUCAUGAUUGCAACGGCGGCAGAGUCAAAUCCAUCGUGUUUCUCCGCGACACCACUUCGAGAUGUUGAGUCAACACUUUCACCUUCAUAUGUGCGCCUCUGCAAAUACUUGGAUAACCACUGGGCCUCUACGAAAUUUUGUGUCACUCAAUUCAAGGGUACACGCUCAGAGGUGUCCAAGACGGAUGCACAUGAGCUGAAGUCGAGGAUAACUAAAGCCAAGGGGUAUGAAGACAUCGAAGACAUCGUUGGGAGCUGGACGGGCGAGGAAGAAUUUAACGAGAUUUCGAGGAUUGUGGAAGCACGUCCACCGCGAGUAUCCGCAGAUGCAGAACAGGAAGAAGUAACUGAGGAAGAAGAUAUACCCCCACCGUGUGCAACACCCCCCGACCGCCCCAAUCCCGAACCGCCAACAUCUGGCGCGCCAAAAAUAGGGCUCAGAAUGCCUAUGCCUGCAAUCUUAACAGGCAGCAAUAUGGUCUCACCUACACCCACUCCUGGUGGCAUGCGUUAA